AUGUGCCGCGUUGUACUGCUCAACCAGACCCAGUACGUCGAUCAUCAGCUGGGAGCGGGGCUCCCAAGUAUCCCAGGACGGGGGAUAGCCGCGCCACCGGACGAGAUAACUCGUCCGACGUCCGUUCACGUCGCGGCGGUUCAACAGCUGCUCGACUAG